GCCUGAAUAGACGGCUUGGCGCGGUUAUGUGUAUGGAAGCGUCGGCAUCUUUGACAAGAAGGUCGAGUGAGCACAAGUGUCCUUGUGAUGGUUUAAUUGCGAUGUGAACAGCGAAAAACCAGUUGCGCUGCGAAAAUGACGUCUUUGGGGCGCUCCAGCACUCCCCCCACCACUGCCACGAAGUGACUCGUCAUGUCUUCGUCCUCUCGCAGCACCCCCAACAUUUACGAGAACAACAAUGACAUAAAAGCGAAAAUGGCAGAAGCGCCACAACCGCACCCCAAGCCCUCCAGACCCAAGCCCGGGUGUUGCACUUGCCUCCAUUUGAACAACUUGUGGUCGCUGUGGUAUGGCGUCUUCGGGACGGCCUUGCAGGCCUACACCGCCGUCAAAUGCGUCAAGAGGAUUCUGGGGUACUCGCUGUUGGCGUGGCCCGAGAACCUGCCAGUGCCGUACUUGGAGCUGAAUUGCAGUUUGGGCCUGACGGGGGCCGCGAUUUUGCUGCUUCCGCUGUUUCUGGUUGCGACCCUGUUCAAAAUUGGGAAUUUGGCCAAUGAUGGGUUCAAGUUGGGGCGGCAGUUGAGCACGUGCAGCAAGGAGCCGGCCAAUGAGAUUCUGACGAAUAAUGGGAGUUGUCGAUUGUUUAGACAUGGGGGCCCCACGGCGCCUUUUGUGCAUCUGGUCAUUGCGUUUUGUCUGCUGGUGCCGAAGCUUCUGAUGGAGGCGAGGCUCAUUGAGGCCGGAUUCUUGUCGCAAGUUCUAGCUUUGGAUUUUAAGAGCUUCAAAUCUUCAAAUCUAGAUAUCACCACCGGCCAAACCCCCCGUUGCCUCCGUCGCGCCGAUUCCGGCAUGCCCCACGACGAGCUCACCCCCCGUUCCGACACCCUCAGCACCGAAAGCUCAACCUCCCCUCCCGAACCCCCCGGUAGCAAUCACAGCGAGACCUCCAGUGGCGUCCAUUCCAACGACAGCGACCACAAAACCACUCGUCGCGCAACAAGCGUCGUUGAUCUUGUCCAAAAUCGGGAGGAAAUCCAAUGGAAAUCCUCCUCCCUCCAACGCAACACCCCCAAUCCCACCAGCACAAGUCCUCCCCCCAGUCAAAGAAUAAUCCUUGAAAACCCGGCAGAGAGCACCGUGGUGAUUAGGAGGAAGGUCACACGCCCCAUCCCUGCAGAUGUCGUCCAGGGGGUUGGAGUGAAGGAGGAGCCGUUUGGGAGGGCGACGAACAUGCGCAUGACCUCCUUCAUGGAGAAGACCGAUUUGGGGAGUGUGCAAGCGUCGUCUGCGACGUUGCCGCAUUUCCCAACACAGCCGAUGCAGAGCGUUUUUGCACAUUGCUCCACGAUGCCGCUACCCCAACAUGGGGGGAUCCCCAACGGGCAGAAUCUAGUCGCCGGUAACAGUUGCAAUGUUUACCCCCGCCAACAUACAACCCUCCCGACUCACCAUAAUGGAGUCAAGCUGUUCCACCCCCAAAACCCCUACAUCACGAGGUUUAAAUGCAAGCAAGCCGAACCAAUCAAAACGAACAUUCAUGAACCGAUUUACACAGGAGUGAACAAAUCAGGAGAUAUGUAUCAUUAUAAUUCUUAAAAAUCGAGGACCACGUGUAUUUACUUCCCAUUUAUCACUUGUUCAUAUCGUACCACUCUUAUCAUCACAAUAAAACACAAUAAUUUUAGGUUUAGGUUUUAUAUGGACAAGUAUACACUUGGUAGCUAGGAUUAAAUUUUGUAUAUAUACAGUGUAGUUAAAAUAAUUUUAUAUUGAUUAGUAGAGUCGUUUUUUUAAUUAAUGUGGUCAGGUCAGGUUCUAGUCAUUAGUUAUAUUUACGAGACGGAGAAAUAUUUUAUUUAUCAGCUUUUUAUGGUAAACUUGUUUGUGAAACCCUCAAAUAGACCCAUUGUGUAACAGUAACUUAUAUCAAAAUGUCGAAUCAAUAAACGCAUUACACA